AUGUCAGGCAAUAUGCGCCGCUCUGCCUUGCGGGCUAUUGAGUCCGCAAAGCCUUUGAAACGAGCUCCUCGCUCAGUGUCAAGAAGCUUUGCUACUCUCAACGAGUCCAAGGAUCCCGCCGAACUUGACCAGAUCACAACUCUUCCGAACGGAAUUCGCGUCGCUACGGAGUCAUUACCCGGUCCUUUCGCUGGUGUCGGAGUUUAUGUCGACGCGGGUUCACGUUACGAGGAUGCCAGCCUGCGUGGUGUCAGUCACAUUAUGGACCGAUUGGCCUUCAAGUCAACCAAGUCACACACUGGAGAUGAGAUGUUGGAGGUUCUCGAGUCACUAGGCGGCAACAUUCAAUGCGCGUCAUCGCGUGAAUCGUUGAUGUACCAGUCAGCCAGUUUCAACUCGGCCGUCCCUACCACACUUGGCCUGCUCGCAGAGACUAUCCGGGAUCCUCUUAUCACCGAGGAGGAGGUCCUCCAGCAGCUUGCGGUCGCGGAGUAUGAGAUUGGUGAGAUCUGGGCGAAGCCGGAGCUCAUCUUGCCAGAGCUGGUGCACAUGACCGCCUAUAGGGACAACACACUCGGUAACCCUCUGUUGUGUCCUAGCGAGCGACUUGGCGAGAUCAACAAGUCGGUGGUAGAGCGUUACCGGGAUGUCUUCUUCAACCCGGACCGGAUGGUGGUCGCUUUUGCCGGUGUAUCCCACGCUGAGGCCAUAAAGCUUACCGAGCAGUACUUCGGCGACAUGAAGGCCAGUGAACAGAGCAAGGGACCCGUUCUAUCGGGAAGUGGCAUUGACACUACCCUCUCGGGCUCGACCAAUGCCGCCAACGAGGGCCAGAUCCCGACCGUGCCUUCAUUCACACCCUCUUCAACUGUGAGCAGCCCGGCCGCUUCCCAAAGCACAAACUCGUCAAUCCUGUCGAAACUUCCAUUCCUCAAGAAACUCUCCACUUCCUCACCAAACAAUGCCACAGUUGAGCCCCUUCACCCGUCCUUGAUCGAGCCCUCUGCUCUGGAUCUCCGACGACCCGCUCACUACACUGGUGGGUUCGUUGCUCUUCCUCCGAUCCCACCGCCGGCGAACCCGAUGCUGCCUCGUUUGAGUCACAUCCACCUCGCAUUUGAGGCUCUCCCCAUUUCCUCUCCUGAUAUCUAUGCCCUGGCCACUCUCCAGACUCUUCUUGGUGGCGGUGGCUCCUUCUCCGCUGGUGGCCCCGGCAAGGGCAUGUACUCGCGCCUCUACACCAAUGUCCUCAACCAGCACGGCUGGGUCGAGAGCUGCAUUGCUUUCAACCACAGCUACACCGACAGUGGUAUCUUCGGAAUCUCCGCCUCAUGCAGCCCAACCCGCACCACGGAGAUGCUUGAAGUCAUGUGCCGUGAGUUGCAGUCGUUGACCCUAGAUACCGGUUACACUUCUCUGCAGACACAGGAGGUAAACCGCGCCAAGAAUCAGCUCCGCUCUUCGCUGCUCAUGAACCUUGAGUCGCGCAUGGUGGAACUCGAGGAUCUUGGUCGUCAGGUGCAGGUUCACGGUCGCAAGGUCGGCGUGAAGGAGAUGUGCGAUCAGAUCGAUGCCCUGACCGUUCAUGAUCUUCGUCGCGUAGCUAGCCAGGUCUUUGGCGGCCACGUCCAGAACAAUGGCAAGGGAACCGGCAAGCCUACUGUCGUGUUGCAGGAGGGUGAGCUCGAGGGGUUCAAGCUCCGUUCAUUCCCCUGGGAGGAGAUUCAGGAGCGUAUUGCUCGAUGGAAGCUUGGCCGGAGGUAA